AUAAAAGAUCUCUGCAAGCACAUUGAAUGACCAUUCAGUGUUGUUCAAUACUAACAAAAUGUCGCUUUUGUACGGUCUUUUAAUUCUGGCUUUUACCCGAAGCUGCCUUGUUGUCGGUCAAUGUUCCAUUAACAUACCUGAUGAUCUUAGCACUGAGGAAGCUCCGGUUGUUCUAGUAAAAACCGGUAACAAUAUGAAACUAUUCCGCCCUGAGGAAAAAACGACAACUUUGCCGAAAGGUACUGAACUUCUCUUGGCUUGCACCGGAGAAGGUAACGGUUUGAAAUCUAAUGGGCAAGAGACAACAACAUUGUCUUGCAAUGGUAACCAGUUUGAGAGUGCUGCAAAGGAGAAACUCAAGGACAUGUCAUGUAAAAGUAUGGCGAAGGCUGUGGUGGAAAAAACCGACAAACGCUGUAUGGGUAACGAUUAUGAUCUUUACGCAGCUGGCUAUAAGGUCAAUGGAAAAUUCUAUGGUUCUGUUUACGACAUUUGUUACAACGGCAAGGCUCAAAGCGGAUACACGCACAACUUCAUCUAUGGUCGCACAUGGAAACAUAAACUUCCCGAGAAACCUUAUAAGCAUUAUUCUUCAAGAGAUCCCCAAGCUGGAAAAGCACUUGACAAAUUGUAUAAAGAGCAAAAUGAAAGGUUCAAAGAUCUUAAAGUAAAUGGUAAACCUUUGGUGGAUGAUGAGCAUUACUUUACUGAAGGCCAGCUCACACCAGAUACUUCCAUAAUUACCGGCGCUGAUAAACUGUCGACGUACGACUAUGCCAAUAUUGUUCCAUUGUUUAAUGGCAUAUAUGAUGGUAAUAUCUGGAGGUAUGAGAACAUGACCCAAGAACUGGCUGACAAACGUCAAGCUACAUUUGAGGAAUAUACAGGCUUAUUUUACACAUACGAAGUGGAGAAGUGGAAACCUAUUGGUUUGGAUAAUGCUAAGCAACCUACUCAUCGAGUACCGAAAUUCGUAUAUAAACUGGUAGUGGAUACUAAAAGUAAAAAUGGCAUAGUAUUUGUUACUCUCAAUGACCCUUAUCAUAAGAAGCCCUCUUCCGAAAACUUAUGUAAAAAUGUAUGCGGCAAAGCUAACAUUAAUGAGCCAAAUUUCAAAGAUGUCGAAAAGGGUUUCACAAUCUGUUGCAGGUAUGAGGAUUUCAGAAAUAGUGUACGAACUCUACCCAACGAUCUACAGGUUAAAGGCCUUUUAAAAAUCUCUGCAAGCACAUUGAAUGAUCAUUCAGUGUUGUUCAAUACUAGCAAAAUGUCGCUUUUGUACGGUCUUUUAAUUCUGGCUUUCACCCGAAGCUACCUUGUUGUCGGUCAAUGUUCCAUUAACAUACCUGAUGAUCUUAGCACUGAGGAAGCUCCGGUUGUUCUAGUAAAAACCGGUAACAAUAUGAAGCUAUUCCGCCCUGAGGAAAAAACGACAACUUUGCCGGAAGGUACUGAACUUCUCUUGGCUUGCACCGGAGAAGGUAACGCUUUGAAAUCUAAUGGGCAAGAGACAACAACAUUGUCUUGCAAUGGUAACCAGUUUGAGAGUGCUGCAGAAGAGAAACUCAAGGACAUGUCAUGUAAAAGUAUGGCGGAGGCUGUGGUGGAAAAAACCGGCAAACGCUGUAUGGGUAACGAUUAUGAUCUUUACGCAGCUGGCUAUAAGGUCAAUGGAAAAUUCUAUGGUUCUGUUUACGACAUUUGUUACGACGGCGAGGCUCAAAAUCGCGGGUACACGCACAACUUCAUUUAUGGUCGCACAUGGAAAUAUAAACUUCCCGAGAAACCUUAUGAGCAUUAUUCUUCAAGAGAUCCCCAAGCUGGAAAAGACCUUGACAAAUUGUAUAAAGAGCAAAAGGAAAGGUUCAAAGAUCUUAAAGUAGAUGGUAAACCUUUGGUGGAUGAUGAGCAUUACUUUACUGAAGGCCAGCUCACACCAGAUACUUCCAUAAUUACCGGCGCUGAUAAACUGUCGACGUACGACUAUGCCAAUAUUGCCCCAUUGUUUAAAGGCAUAUAUGAUGGUAAUAUCUGGAGGUAUGAGAACAUGACCCAAGAACUGGCUGACCAACGUCAAGCUACAUUUGAGGAAUAUACAGGCGGAUUUUACUCAUACGAAUUGGAAGAGUGGAAACCUAUUGGUUUGGAUAAUGCCGAGUAUCCUACUCAUGGGGUACCGAAAUACAUAUAUAAACUGGUAGUAGAUACCAAAAGUAAAGAUGGUAUAGUAUUUGUUACUCUCAAUGAUCCUUAUCAUAAGAACGCCGCUUCCGAAAAUUUAUGUAAAGAUAUAUGUGACGAAGCUAACAUUAAUGAGCCAGAUUUCAAAGAUGUUGAAAAGGGUUAUACAAUCUGUUGCAGAUAUGAGGAUUUCAACAAUCGUGUACGAACUCUGCCUAGAGAUAUGCAGGUCGAAGGACUUUUAAAAUAUUGAAAGUCACAAAAACUAAUCAAAUUUAAAAUUUUUGAGGAAUAAAAAAAUUAAAAA